AUGGCUACAGAAUACUGGUCCCGUCAUCUACGCUCAGUGCUGGCUCCGCUGUUCGCUGCAGCUGGCACAUACUCUCCUGAAGAUCAGGAGUCCCAUCUGGCCUUCAUUGACGAGCACAUUGCGCCCAACCUGGGCCCUCUCCCUUGGGAGCCCCAUGGACCCUACAGCACUCCUUCCUCCCUCGUGGGCUCCCCCUUCGACCCCAGCAUCAACAUCGUCUCAUCCGGAAAGGCCAAGGUCCGUUUCGACUUUGACGUGAUCAGUCCACCUGAUCGAACAGGCCCAGACCCCUUUGCAGAGGGAUCCGCCAGGGAGAUCCUCCACCGUCUCGCCGACCUUGUCGGCGCAGACACACAGUGGAUGGGCUACCUCAUGGAUGCUCUCUACCUGACCCCCGCGGAGGCUGAGGUUGCGAAAACGAAGUUGCCUCCAGGUGUUGCUAUCCCGCCCAGCUCAGUGGGCUUCGACUUCGACGGCCCCGAGCGGACGCUGAAGUUCUACAUCCCCAGUGUGCGGAAAGCGCUAGCAACGGGGCAGGAUGUGUCCGAACUCAUGCUAAAGACUCUACGUGGAUUACAGCCACUUGGGUCUGAGCUAGUGCCAGCGAUGGACCUGAUUGCUUCGUAUCUCUCAACCCGCACCAACGACGCCAUGCUCCCGCUCGUCGGGAUUGACUGCCUCGAUCCAAGGACACAUAAGAACGCUCGGGUCAAAUGCUACCUGCACACGAGCAGCAACAGCUUCGCAGUCGUCCGCGACGUCCUCACGCUGGGAGGCCGUCUCAGCGACGACACCUCGCUCAAGCGAGUCGAGACACUCAAAUCGGUCUGGCCUUUGCUGAUCAACGAGCUAGAAGGUCCACAGAGCGACGCGGCCACCAUGGACGAAUCCUGGUCCAAGCCAGAGCGGCUCAACCGGACAGGGUACUCGGGGAUCCAGUACACGAUUGAGAUUACCCCCGGUCAGGCAAUCCCCGACACGAAGAUCUACGUCCCGUUAUUCCAGUACACGGACAGCUCUGAGGUCGCUGAGCGGAACUUUGAGAGCGCGCUAAAGAAGCUGGGGAAUGAGUGGGGGCUGAGUGGCAAGUAUAGGAGCGUCAUGCAGGAAAUCUUCAAGGAUGUAGAGAACUAUGGCCAGACGUACGCAUCUUUCUCCUACACGGAGGGAAAGGGCGUCUAUACGACCUCGUAUGUUGCUAUGCCUAUUAAGGAUGAGGGAGGGGGUAGCCUCGCUGGAGAUUUCGGUUUCAGGAACUAG